CUCGCUGAGCUUGUGGGAAGUUUCGCGGGAGCCGAGGGAGUUCAGAGAAAGAGAAUGGUACGGCGCGACGGCUGGGAAAAAAGCUCAUCGGCCACAUCUCCAGGCACUGAUCAUCUACAGAGGUAUGCAAAACUAGAGGACAACAGCCUGGAAGCACAAUGGUCUUGAUCAAUUCCACUGCAAUCACGGAUUUCACACCGAAUCCUGUGGACAUCGCCGCUCUGGGCAGCGAUGAGGUGAUCUUCACCAUGGAUAAGCUCUAUCCGGCCCUCCUGCAGUGCUUCGCCAUCAUCAUCUGCGGAUACAUGGCCGGCAGACUGAAUAUCAUCUCAAAUGCAGAAUCCAAGGGACUCAACACUUUCGUGGGCACAUUCGCCUUGCCAUCGCUGAUCUUUCUCUCCUUGGCAGAGCUGGAAUGGCACACGGUGAACUGGAACUUCCUCCUGUCGAUUCUCAUCUCUAAGGCUGUGGUGUUCUUUGCCGUGGCCACAGUUUCUCUGCUUGUGGUGCGUCCUUUGAAUCUUGGCCGAGCAGGAGUGCUGGCGAUAUUCUGCACGCAAAGCAAUGACUUUGCAAUUGGAUAUCCCAUCGUGAUGGCGCUUUAUGAGAAAAUCCAUCCGGAAUAUGCGGCCUAUUUGUAUCUCGUGGCGCCGAUUUCUCUGGCAAUUCUCAAUCCCAUCGGCCUAGUCAUGAUGGAGAUAUCAAAUAUGAGAGCCAGACGACGAGAAUCGGUGGAGGAGCAGCCGAUCAGGCCGAUAGGAUGCCCGAGAGUGGAGGAAGUGACGGGAAACCGCUUCUUGCGAGGGAGGAUUUUAACAGUGGCGAAAUUCAUCGAGUCUGUCUUCUUCAAUCCCAUCCUGCUGAUGACUGUGCUGGGAGUUAUUGGAGGUGUGGCGUUUCCCAAUGGGAUUCCUGAACUCCUGAUGGGUGUGCUAAAAGUGCUGGGCAACUCCUUCUCCGCCACGGCCCUUUUUCUACUGGGAUUGAGAAUGGUGGGAAAGGCGCACAAGCUUCAAGGCCCCGGAUUUCUCAUCCCAGGCAUUCUGAUCCUCGUCAAAUUGCUGGUUCUGCCAAUUGUCAUCCGGCAAACAGUGAAUAUCAUGAAUGCAGGUGCAAAUUUCACUGACACGACAGACUUGGGAACCUUUGGAUUUCUCUACGGCACAAUUCCCGCCGCUCCAGGAGUCUUCGUGAUCGCUUCCCAGUAUAACACAGAAGUGGACUUGGUUGCCAGCAGCAUGGUGGCUUGCACGUUCAUCAGUGCGCCGCUGAUGGUGAUUUCUGCCAAAAUGAUCACGCUGACCAAUCUCAAUCCGGCCAAAUAUCUCAGUGAACUAGUCUUGGUGGCUUUUGACAUCAGUGUCUCGGCAAUUAUUGCCUGCUUCUGGUUGCUGCUGCUGUUCAGUGUGACCAGGAAAAUCCGUCGGAUGCCCCACAAGAUCACCAGCUGCUUAGUAUUAUCACAAUUGAUCAGCAGCGUUGGAGUAUUGCUGUGGUCAAUCUGGGAAACAUGCCCGGACUGGCUUAUGUACUUACAAUUCAGUCUUUUCACAAUCGGGACGUACAGUAGUCGCCUCUGGUGUGCCUGUCUGGCAAUCACACUUCUCUUCCUCCAGUGCCGCAGUCUGUGCUUCGUACUGAAGCUCUGGCCGUGGUUCGUGGGCAUAGCCUGGGGAAUUCCAACGCUUAUCGUCUCCUUCCUUCUCAUCUUUGACUCCAGCCACAUUACGCUCACCGAACGGAAGAAUCCCAGCUUCCAAUACGGCAAUGCCCAAGCGGCGAUUGCGGUGUUUCUUCUCGUGAUGUGCUUCAUUGUGACUGUGGGCUGCCUUGUCCUUCACCAGAGGUACAAGAAGCGCUUUGAGAAGUACCUGACGCUGUCCAAGGAAAUAUCAACACCUGAUCAGCAAAAUGAUGGUGAUUUGUCGACAAGUUCCACAAGUAAUCUUAUCCAGUCAGAGACGGAUCUCACGGCGUCUCAGGAUGUUGAGCAAGACAAUGAGGUGAGUGGAUCGAAUUGCCAUUCGAGCGAUGGAUGUUGCUCGCAGUCCACGACAACUGUUCUGGACAUUGAGGAUCUCGUCACGAGGCGCCUGAGUGAGCAGCAGAAUGGGCUGUGUAGUGCUCAGUUCAACUGUGCUGGAACAUCCAGGCAAUCAUGUCAGACACUAAUCCAGCGAUACCAAGAAGAGACGCGCAGAGGGCUUGAGCCACUGGAAUUCGACGAGAAUGUCGACGACCAUCAGACUCUGAAGCACACUGUUCUGCUCAUUUUGCUCCUUUGCUCAAUGUUUGUGGGACUGGCGCUCUCGAUCUGGACGCUAGUGUUGGAGGGAAUGUCAGGCAUUUAUGUGGAGCUGUCCUUCUUGGAUGCCUUCCUCAAUUUCGGCCAGAGCUUGAUCGUUUUGGCGUGCUUCAUCACCGACACAGGUGAUCUUCUACUGCCCUUCGUGAAGUAUUGGCGAAAGAUCUGGUAUGGCGCGAAUGUGGUCCAAUUGCCAACUUGGAGCAAUCUCAGUGCAGAGACGAAGAAUGUCUGCGAUCAGUUUACCACGCACCAUCUGGAGAAUUGUCGGAAGACAAUUGCACAGGACAAGAGAUGGAGAAUCAGGACGUACCGAAGGGUGUUCUUUGGGAACAUCUUUGUAGACUGGCUGGUGAAAGUGGGCCUGGCCAGGGAUCGCGUGGAGGCCACGAAGUACGCCCGCCACUUGGUCGAUGGUCGUGUGUUACGCCACAUCAACAAUGUGUACCACUUCCAUGAUAAAAAUCUGCUCUACACAUUCUGCGAUCGUCUCUAAGGUGAUCGCACGCGAUCAAAAUUCACAGAUGCGACUUGCCUCAAAAACGCCUAUUUUUCUACACUUGAUGAUUGCAUUUGUGAAUUUUGACUCACAUCACAGAUUGAUCUUUCACUCUGCAUCAGCCAUUGGAGUGACGGUGAGAUCUUCACGCGAGUUACCAGAUUUAUCACAAAGUGUGAGAAGUUGUAAAGUGCCAAAGAUACUUAGGAAGAUUCAUUUAGAAUGAGUGUUUAGUUCAUUUUUAGCUUUAUAUUUUAUGUUUAAUAAAAGCAGCUAUAGAAAAAAA